AGGGGCCGGGGAGGUGAAAGGUGGCUUCCUGCCAUUCUUCUCUGGAGCUGGGUUCCCAUGGGCGGUCAUGCCACUUUGACUGGGGCUCCUUCCAGCGCGGCUCGUGCGCCGCGAGGAGCCCGGGAUCGCUGCGGGAGCUGCGGGGUUUUCAUGGGGUGCCAGCCAUGAACCGCUUCAAUGGACUCUGCAAGGUGUGCUCGGAGCGGAGGUACAGGCAGAUCACCAUCCCUCGGGGCACUGAUGGCUUUGGCUUCACAAUCUGCUGCGACUCCCCAGUCCGUGUGCAGGCAGUGGACUCUGGUGGCCCAGCAGAGAAGGCAGGUCUGCAGCAACUGGACACGGUGCUGCAGCUGAACGAGCAGCCUGUGGAGCACUGGAAAUGUGUGGAGCUGGCACACGAGAUCAGGAACUGUCCCACGGAGAUCAUCCUCCUGGUGUGGAGGCUGGUGCCUCAGGUGAAGCCAGCACACGAGGGCAUGGCCCGCAGGUCGUCCUGCAAAUCCUCCUGGGAGCUGCAGUGCCCCCCGCAGAAGAGGGAGAAGAGCGGAGCCGAGCAGCGCCGCAGCUGCCACGUCCUGUACGACGGCACCGAGGGGCUGGGGCUGCACACCUGGGACAGGUACACCGAGCUGGGCAAGCGGGGCCAGAACACCCUGCCAGCCCUGUCCCGGGUGCCCUCUGCUGCAGACCAGAACUACAUCAUCCUGGCUCCUCUGAACCCUGGCAGCCAGCUGCUGAGGCCGGUGUAUCAGGAGGACAGCACUGCUGUGGGGAAUGGCUGUAAAGGGAAAUCCCACACAGGCUCUGGCAGGAAAUCCAGGCUGAUGAAGACUGUGCAGACCAUGAAGAGCUAUGGGAACUACCAGAACUGCACCAUAGUGAGGCCUCACAUCCCCCAUUCCUACGGCACCUACGUGACCCUGGCUCCCAAAGUGCUGGUGUUCCCCAUCUUUGUGCAGCCCCUGGAUCUUUGUAACCCAGCCCGGACUCUGCUGCUGUCGGAGGAGCUGCUCCUUCUCGAGAGCAGGAACAGAACUACACAGGUGACUCUCUUUGUCUACUCCGACCUGCUGCUCUUCACCAAGGAGGAUGAGCCUGGGCGCUGCAACGUGCUGAGGAACCCUCUGUACCUGCAGAGUGUCAAGCUCCAGGAGGGUUCAGAAGAUCGCAAGUUCUGCAUCCUUUACCUGGCAGAGAAGUCGGAGUGCUUAUUAAGUUUGGAGGCUUACUCCCAGGAGCAGAAGAAGAGGAUCUGCUGGUGUCUGGCUGAGAACAUCACCAAGCAGCAACAUCCGGCAGCAGCUCCUACGGACAGCAAGAUGCUGGAGACGGACGCCGAAAAGCCGGGGCAGAUGCACUCGGAGGAUGGGAAGGCAGCAGUGGGUGCCCCUCCAGCUGCCAAGGCAGCGGCUCUGGCCGAGCCCUGGGAUGCUCUGGGGGCCACCCAGGCUCCUCUCCUGGUGGAAAAGCAGCCGGUGGCCACCGCAAAGAGAGAGGAGCAGCCCAGCUCCCUGCCAGCCUUUGUCAUCCCCGAGCUGCGGCUCGACAGCACCUUCAGCCAGAGCGCGGCGGGCACGGCGGGCAGCGCCACGGACGGCGAGGACGAGGAGGAGGAUGAGGAGGAAGAUGAGGAGGAGGAGGACGAGGACGAGGAGGACAGCGACGAGCAGUACCUGGACAGGAACGAGCUGAAGCGCAGCAGCAUGAUCGAGACGUCGGGCGGGCAGUCCGGCUACACCCUGAGCGUGCAGGGCUCCCUGCGGCGCCGCACCCACAGCGAGGGCAGCCUCCUGCAGGAGGCCAAGGGCCACUGCUUCACCUCCGACACCACCCUCAACUGCUCCGACAGCCAGGACACCGCCGGGCACUGGGCACUGCCCUCCCCCAGAACCCUCAAGAAAGAGCUCGUCAAAAACGGCGGCUCCAUCCACCAGCUCACGCUGCUCUUCUCGGGCCACAGGAAGCUGAGUGGAGCAGACCCUGAAUGCAGCUGUGAUGAAGGAGACGAGACCUCCCGCAAGAAACGCAGCAGGAGCCUAGCCAAGGACAUGAAGAACCGGCUGGGGAUUUUUCGGCGGCGGAACGAGUCCCCCGGAGCAAACCCCUCCGGCAAGCUGGACAAAGUGCUCAAAUCCCUCAAGCCCCCUCCCGAGGAAGCCCUCAAGUGGGGGGACUCCCUGGAGAAGCUGCUGCUGCACAAAUAUGGGCUCGCUGCCUUCAGGGCCUUCCUGCGCACCGAGUUCAGCGAGGAGAACCUGGAGUUCUGGCUGGCCUGUGAGGAGUUCAAGAAGAUUAAAUCCCAGUCCAAGAUGGUCUCCAAGGCCAAGAAGAUCUUCGCUGAGUACAUUGCCAUCCAGUCCUGCAAGGAGGUGAACCUGGACUCCUACACACGGGAGCACACCAAGGAGAACCUGCAGAACAUCACCCGCAGCUGCUUCGACCUGGCACAGAAGAGGAUCUAUGGGCUCAUGGAGAAGGACUCGUACCCCCGCUUCCUCCGCUCCGACCUGUACUUGGACAUAAUCAACCAGAAGAAAGGCAGCUCCCCACUGUAGGCCCAAGGACUGUCUCGGGGCAGGCUGGGAGCUGUGUGUUUACAUGGAAUUGGGCAGUGGAGGCCUUCCUGGGAGCUGGUGGGAGCUCGCAGCCCUGCUCGUGCCCCCAGGCCGUACGGACAUGGGGCAGCUGAAGGCGCUGAGCU